AUGUCCCACUCGGUUCAUUUCCCUUCCCCUUCCCCUUCAAUGACUCCCAUAUCAAAUGCAGGAGGUGGCGAUGAGGUGGUAAUUGUGGGAGAAUUGGAAGGAGCCACUGGACAAUCAGUCUUGUCUCCCAUUAUAAAAGCAUUCGACGCCGCCGGUAUGCAACCUCAGCUUAGUGCUGUCGUCUCAGAAGCACCAGCUGUCAACACUGUAGACGCCAGUUCCAAUACUCAGAGUGACGCACAAACGGCACCAGAGCUCGCAUCCAGGCGUAUGUCUGCUUCAAGUCCCGUAUCUGUGGGCCUUCAAUUGCUAAUCCCCCAUACCAUCUCAGCCCUUUCACCAAACCCAAUAGUCGCCAAAGCAACCGCUCUCCUCAAAACAUAUCGCGGCCCAGCCGUGCAACCUCAGACAUCGCAUCACGGCAUCAACCAGUCCUUGCCACAACCUCCCUCUAUGAGUAAUACAGACGCCUGUCCUACGACCCAGCCGGAUGCGAACGAGCUAGAGCGGACGUUACAGAACAUGCAGCAUUUAGAAGCAGUCAUUCAGGAGAAAGAGAAGUUGAUUGAAUCAUUGCAAGCACGGCUCGACGCUAAGUAUGCUACCAUGUCGCAUCCGGAUGGCACCUCGCACCAGCCCACGGAGUCCGACGAUCCAGUUCUUCUGGACAUGUCCACUGUCGGUGAUAUCGCUCAAAUACCAUGGAUGCCGUCUCAUUAUAGCAAACCUGAAUGCUCUGUGCAAACACUGUAUGCUCCAAAUUAUAUUCUCGUCGACGAUCUGCAACGGUCUGAUGUGAAAGAGUAUUUGCGAAGUCAUGCCAAGGAAAUCCACCCCCCGGAACUAGGGUCAGAUGGGCGUCUAAAGCAAAAGGUCGUAUGGAAGGCGCUAAGAGAGGACGUCAAAGACAUGCAAGAGCAUGUCCGUGAUAAGAUCCUGAGGGAAUUGCCUGCCCUAUUCACUGCCCGCGACACCUCCGAUGGUACCAACAUCAGGCUUGGCUGGACCGGUAGUGAGAUGCUAGACAAAAACCAGAGGCGCAAGAUCGCGGAGGCGCUCAAAGAGCGACUAGGAAAGAAAGUACAACAUGCAGCAACGAAAAAGUUGUCGGCGGUCAACUCGAAGAUCACAAAGGUAGUCGAUUCGAAGAUCACAAAGGCAGUGACGAACAAGAUGUCGGCAGUUAAGCAGAAGCACAAAUCCAGCUACAGCUCGUAG